UCAUUACAAAUUUGUACAUUAACAUUACUGAUUAUUGGGUUCGUAUGCAGAGCAGAUUUUUUUAUCGAUCUCUGUCGCAUGAAUGCACACAUCAUAUUCACUUUAAAGACGUUACGGUGCGGUCCAACAGCGCUAAUCCGAUUACCAUCCAGUAGUGAAAGUAGGAGAAAGGUUCUGUAAAAUGCGGAUACUUGGACACUCUGGACACGUAAAAAUCUCUAUAUCGACCUACUUAUUGCUUGACUUGGCCAUUGUGAGACGGCUCAUGUAGGACUUGCUGGUGGUGGUGGUGGUGUUGUUCAAUUUCAGCUGCGGAGUCUUCCACCAUUGUACUCAGUGUAUAUACAAAACUGACCUUCUUGGAAAUAUUUGGAACUAAUUUCACCAUUUUCGAGCUUCAGAUUCCACUACUCCCUGUUUAACCAAAGAACCCAAGACAGACUAAGAACAAGGACAUCGUAGUUCCAAAAUCAACAGUGUUUCCACAUUUGCGAACUUCAAGAAGACGAGGCAAGAACAGUAAAAAUUAAUUAAAUAAACAAAUGGGCAUUAAAGAGAGCUAGUCCAGCCAGCCAGUCAAUUGAUAGAAAAAGUUGGGAGAACUUUCAAGAUAACGUGUGAAGGAUGAAAGAGGAGGAUGUCCUACAAUAGCGGAAAAUGCAUAUGAGAAGUGUGGCCGUGUUGCUGGGACAAGUAUGCAUCGUGUUGGUGGAGAGGAUGACGACUUGUUGUUAGCAAUUUCACCCCCACCAGAGUUUCAAGACCUCCCUGCUCCUCCACCCACUGUUUUCCGUGACCUUAGCCCAUCCCCAUCAGCUCUUCUUGGCGUUGGUGGGAACAAAAGCAGAACACAUCAUCCUCAUUAUUAUCACCACUUGUCCGAGUUUGCAGCACGGAUAUCAUUCGAUAUUCUCAAUGAAGCGAUGGUGAUUGCCACAGAGGAAGUUUUGUCUCAUGGAGGCUGCACCGUUCGCUGUGGUUCGUCGUCAUCUUCAGCCAACCCUAUCAUCAGCACGACACACCAUAAUGUCGUCCACACCUCAGGUUCCUCUGAAGAGGAGGAAACAAGUAUUACUACGUCCUGGGAAUACGUACCAAAGCCUGGUUGUGGUUCGAAAUCUGCAGUUCGGCGUUCGCGAUGUCAAGCUCAUACUAACAACGAUGAGGUGGGGAAGGGGGAAGAAACUGUUGAAGUGAAUCAACUACGACACACCGCGACGGGGACAGAGGCAUCAGUUCCGAGAGGAAGGUCAACGUUGUUCUGUGGGGAUGCAUUUACUUCAUCUGUGUCAUCGUCACGUGACUUGCCUCUGAUAAACCGAUCUGUUUCGUUUCAUUCUGAAAUUGGGCCUGCUGUUCCCCCAAGAGUCAACAUUCGCAAAACAAACAAUGAUUAUUCUGAUACAAGUAGACGGAAUAAUAAUGUUGACCCUUCCGCUUCCUCCUUCUCCAAUCGACACUCCAUCGCAGGAACAUCGAACAUUGUGCGUGGUCAGCCAGAUGAUCCGUGCUUCAUAGUAAAGAAUGACAUUUACUCAUUACCAGUGGACAAUAUUUCUACACAGGAACCUGGAACAAUCUCCUGGAAUAAUAUUCCAUCCAGGCAUCCAAUACUUGGUCCCCGGCGGUCGUGUGGCAAUAAUGACGGUGUGAUAUUAUCUGAUCAGCCAGCAGAUUCAUCAAGAAAGUGCUUUCCGAGGAGUAACGAUAUGGAUGACAAUGGUUUGAUAGCGUUCAAUAGGUUAAUACCAUCUUCUUCGAUCUCAAAACAACAUGAAAAGUGUAGGAACGGGAGUGCACCUCUUGCUACAAUAGAGACAGUUAAAGUACCAGUUAUUGCAGACUUUUUUGAUAACGAAAGAUGUGCCACCAGCAGCAAGGAGCCUAAUACCCAUUCUUCUUCUUCUUCACAUCAUACAAUAAACAAACCCAGACUCGCAGAUCCUGUUGACGAUGAUAACGACGACGACGGUAAUGAUGAUGAGACCUUGUUGAUGGGAGGGUCAAGGUGUGCAGGGAGACUUAACAACCCUCAAAGUCAGGCAAGGCGUAGUCACAGCGUAGAAGUAAAGAUUUCCAAGGUGGACUCUUAUGAUUUCGACACUAGUCUACACAACAUAAAUUCCAAAGAAGAAAGGGGUCGAGUUGGAGCUAGCAGUACCAGUACAAAACAAGAAAAGAGGACGAUUGGGCAUUCCAUUUUGAAUCUUUUUAAACGAAAGUCACGUUCAAAGGCGAGGUUACGAGAAACGGAAAGUGGGAUGGGUCAACACUAUGGUAGCAGUAGUGGGUCAUUUGCUAAUAAUGCGACCACAUCUCGAGCCCUCCCACCACCACCACCACCCUCUGCAAAUGCCGCUAGUGAUUCUGACGCUGAAGUGGAACCAAGUGUACGAAUAUCUUGUGGUGGCGAUCAUCAUGAUACCAGUUUUCCAACCCACAUGGACUUAGGACCUUGGUCGGAUGAUGAAUCUCUUGACGGUCCCAUUGAAGCCAAAGAUUUUACUGUCAGCAUCGAAAAAGUCAAAGACUGCGGCUGGUAUUGGGGACCGUUUUCGAGUGAAGCGGCCGAAGAUUUGCUCCGAGGAGAACCUGACGGAUCUUUCAUUGUUCGUGAUAGCAGCGACACUCAUUACAUAUUCUCGCUCACCUUCAAACUUAACGGGUUGGUUCGCCAUUGCCGCAUAGAACAUGAGCAGGGUAACUUUAGCUUUGGACCCCUGACUAGAUUUAAAGCUGCGACAAUAGUGGACUUUGUUGAAAAGGCAGUAGCGCAUUCUAGAUCCGGAAGAUAUUUAUUUUUCCUUCACAGACGACCUAUCCUGGGACCCAUGCGAGUCCAACUGCUUCAUCCAUAUAGUAGAUUUAGACACCCGAGGUCACUUCAGCACCAGUGCAGGUUUGUGAUUUUAAAAUAUGUUCGUCGAGAUCUGAUAUCCUCACUCCCACUUCCAAAGCCACUCAUAGAAUACUUGAAUACGCCGUACUACUACUUUGAAAAACAAGAGGACAGAAAGGCCAGUUAGUCAACCAACCAAGCUAUGAUUUUUUCCCAAUGGCCAUUAAUAAUAUGCAAUGUGUAGUUCGUUGUUUGCAUACAUCUAAUUUGUUAUGUUACCCAUUUCAAUCACUUGUCUGUUAAUCGAAGAAUCGAAGCUCAUUCCGUAUUGUUUCGUGUAUGUAAUACCAACAUCAUACACCACCAUUCCUCCCAAACUUGGCUUAUUGUUAUAUAUAAUAAUUGUCAUAAUUGACAUGAAUUUGUCAACACACUGUUAACAUUUUUUGCACUACUGAAGGUUUAUUUAAUUUAUUACUGCUAUCAUUAUUUGUAUUUAUUAUUAUUUCAAUCUUCUAUGUUGUCUUCCGUUUGAAUACACACACGACACAUAUAAUACUAUUAUUAGAUAACCAAUCGAACUCAUAACCUUAGCCCGAUGAUGUAUCUAUCUAUAGAGGUGAUAUUAUAUUAUGUAUUAAUGUACUUAGAAAAUAGUUGUUAUUGUAGAAAAUCGGAUGUACUAUUCAACAACACAGUCAGGAAUUGUGCUGCGAACGGAAUGAAAUAAUAGUUCCAUAGUUCACUUAAAAAUAAACGAUUUUCGACAAGAAA